UUGGUACGCAGAUCCCAGGCUUCCACGGAACAACAAGUCUCUUCCAUCUCAUAUUGAAAAUGAAGUCUGUAAUUGUGAUCCUGUCAGUGUUGAGCUUGUUGGUCGUCGUUUCAGAGGCGUGGUUCCUCAAUCUCAAGUCCGGCAAAUCUGACACAGCGACAAUAGUGACGUCAGCACCGAAUUCACGUAAAAUGAUUCUGGUAGCCAAGAAGGUCUACGUUCCGAUGUACGCGUCUGACGACUCGGCCUCAGCAGUUGCCGACCGACUUCUGCCCAUCUCUCCCGCACUAACACCUUCUGAUGGAAUUGUGUCGGAUGGACGCCAACAGCCAAUGGCCGUCGACUAUUCCGCGAUGUAUCUUCAACCUCCUCCAGUUGCGUCAUACGCCAUGUACGCCCCCGCUUCAGCUAACGUGGCUGCCGCUUACGCAGCUCCUUUUCAGGUCCCUGCUGUUGUUGCUGACCAGGGUGUUGUACCCCAACAAUAUGCCGCUUAUCCUGCUGCAUACGGAGCUGCUGGCCCACAGUUCGUUCAAUACGCCGGUGCUCCGCAGAUGUCUAAUGGGACUUGGGUAAUGCAGUACGCCGGAGCUGGACAAGCUGUUGCUGCUGGUGCGCCUUAUUACCGGCCAACAGGAAACGACAAAGAGAUGGUUGCCGAUGGAUCUGCAGUUCCGGUUCCAACUGAAGCGUAUGCAAAUGUUUGACUGCAGUGAUCGCGCAUAGUUUUUACUUUUAAUUUUA